UUUUCUUUUUUUUUUUCUAUAAAACCUUUUUUAUUGUUUGUAAACAAAAAUGUCUGAUAAGUUGAUCAUUUUAAUUACAGGAGCUACCGCCGGCUUGGGUAGAUUAACCGCUAAAAAAUGCGUGGACUUGGGUCACACCGUCAUCAUUACGGGCCGCAGUCAAUCCAGUUUAGACGCUGCAAAAGACUUUAUAUUAAAAGAUACUCCUCAAUUCACACACAAUGUCCAUCAACUCAUGUUUGACUUGGCUGAUCUGACUUCAGUCACAAAAGCCGUCGAACACUUGGGCACACUUAACUUACCAUGCAUCGAUGUCAUUGUUCAUAAUGCAGGUGGUAACGAGACCAGCUUUCAGCAAGUUCACAAUGUAGAAAAGGUCUUUUUCAAAAACGCCGUGGCUCCCUUGUACUUGAACAGGUUAUUGUGGCCCAUGAUUGAAAAGAGCACGAGUCCCAAGAAGCGUAUCUUGUUUGUUGGCUCGUCACUCCACGAUAACAAGAAUAAAGGCGGUGGUCGCUCAGAAGCCUCUCGUAUCCCUGACUCUGUUGACUUGAACGAUUUGUUUCAUGGCGAUGGCUCGGGUUGGGAUAUGAUGAAGGCUUACAAAUUGUCUAAGCUGGGCUGUGUAUGGGAUGCCUAUUGUUUGGCCAGAAGAUCUCCUGAUGUGCCUGUAGCCGUAUUUUGCCCGGGAUUUGUUCCCACCACGGAUUUAGCUCGUCACUCUUCAUUUAUGUUGCGUUUGGUGAUGAAAUACGUGUUACCCUAUGCUAGUUUCACUACCAGCGAAGAAGAAUCGACUGACGAUUAUGUGUAUUAUAUUACAUCAGAUGCCAUAGAAAACGGCAAACACUACCAAAAGAGGUUAAUUACCGAGAGUUCCAAGGACUCUUUGGAUGAGACCAAGCAGGAGGCUUAUUGGAAGCUUGCCAACAAGACCAUUGACGAAAUCAUUCAAUAAAAAAAAAAGAUUUUUUUUUAGGUUAUUUUUAUUUAAAAAAGAUGCAGUGUUAUAUUAUUUUUUUUAAACAAUAAAGGUCCAUAGCAAAGUAUUUC